AUGCAGAACCUUUUCAGGUUUUGGCUUGGCCUCGACUCGGCUGUCAUCUCAGCCAUCGUCCCUACUGCUGUUCCAAUUGUCCUUCCUCCUACUGUUGUCGAGGAUCUUCCUUCUAAGGGUUUCGAAGAAGACACUGCUACUUUCUUAAGGAGGAGGAGGAAGAGAUCACAGGAGUCUUUCCCUUCUCCUUCCUCGGACACCUCGUCUAGGAGAAGAGAUUUACAAUCGCUGAGUUGGAGAUGGCGUUCGAGCUGGCCAUGUUGA